CUGUGUCUGUCCAGCGCUAUGCCUACAUCUAAUAUUCUUGAGUCUAGCAGCAGGAGUGGAUCAUCAUGAGAGGGGGUCACCACCAGCGAGGGUGUGGUUGUCAGCACCUGUUCAGAAAACUGCUCAGCAAAUGUGGAUGCUGCUUUGUCCGAGUCAGAGCAGAGUCGUACUCCGUGGCAUGCAGUGACGGCAGUAUUACCCCAUCAGUGGGCCCUGUGCCCCACCAGGCCUCAGGCAGCUCCAGCCCCUGCUCACACACCUCGUCUGGAGGAUCACGGCACCCGGUCAGCGCCCUGAAGAAAUGGCUCACCAAUCCUGUCCGCAAGCUGAGCUCUGAUGCCAGAGGAGGAGCGGGAAAAGUGGAGAAGCAGAUGUACAGGUCAGAUGGGAAGCAGCCGCCAUCGCUCUGUUCCCACGGUGAAGCUCAGCCAAGGCCCCUGGAACAGCACAACAACUAUACCAUCCUCCCCACUGGAGACCAAGACAUGGUGUGGAAAGGCAGUUUGCCGAGGCCAGCAUCUCCUUCUCCUGCACAGCCCUUCGGUCAGAGCUACCCAUCUGACCUCCUGCCAGGCAGAGACACACAGAGUCUAAGCUACAAAUCCAGCAUCAACACUCUCCAAGGGGACGACAUCUGCAUUGUGACUGAUGAUUCAGGGAGCCAGUGGUCUGCUGUAGUGGACAGCGAGGAGGAGAGAAACAUUGCCUUAGAGAAGAGCAUAUAUGUGCUGACAGAGCUAAUAGAGACUGAAAGGUUGUAUGUGGAAGAUCUUGGACUCAUAGUGCAGGGCUAUAUGGUGUCCAUGAUCAGUCAGGGAGUCCCAGAGGAUAUGAAGGGGAAGGACAGGAUUGUGUUUGGAAACAUCCACCAGAUCUACGACUGGCAUAAGGACUAUUUCCUGGGCGAGCUGGAGAAAUGUGUGGGGGAUCCAGACAGCUUGGCUCAGCUCUUCAUCAAACAUGAGCGACGACUUCACAUGUAUGUUGUUUACUGUCAGAACAAACCCAAGUCAGAACACAUUGUCUCUGAGUACAUUGAGACCUACUUUGAGGAUCUCAGGCAGCAGCUGGGUCACCGGCUGCAGCUCAACGACCUGCUCAUCAAACCUGUUCAGCGGAUCAUGAAGUAUCAGCUGCUGCUGAAGGACUUCCUGAAGUACUACAGCAAAGCAGGAAGGGAUGUUGAGGAGCUGCAGAGGGCAGUGGAGGUGAUGUGUUUUGUGCCAAAACGCUGCAAUGAUAUGAUGAAUGUGGGCAGGCUCCAAGGUUUUGAGGGAAAAAUUACAGCUCAGGGGAAGCUGCUCCAGCAGGAUACCUUCUCUGUCAGCGAGCAGGAAGGUGGCUUCCUUUCCAGAGCCAGGGAGAGGCGGGUCUUCCUGUUUGAGCAGCUGGUUAUCUUCAGUGAGCCAAUUGAUAAGAAAAAAGGCUUCUCUUUGCCAGGGUACACCUUUAAAAACAGCAUAAAGGUCAGCUGCUUGGGUGUUGAGGAACAUGCUGAGGAAGAUCCAUGCUGUCUGGUCCUGACCUCCCGUGGGACUGACAGCAGUGUGACGCGCUUCAUCAUGCAGGCAUCAUCUCUGGAAAUACAGCAGGCUUGGCUCGAUGAUGUGGUCCAAAUCUUAGAGACACAGAGGAACUUCCUUAAUGCCCUUCAGUCUCCAAUAGAGUACCAACGUAGGGAAAGCAAGUCAAACAGCCUGGGCAGGAACAUAAAGUCUCCAACUGGCCUGCGACCUCACUCCUCUGCAUCCAUGGACCGACGUCAGCAGCCCUGCCUGCUGACUUACAACACCUCCCUGCCCUCGUUGCAACUGCCCCAACACAGCCUGGCCUCAAAAAUGGUUUCCAGCCCUUGUGCUGCGAGACAUCAAGACACUCAACUUCCACUCUCCUCCAACCAGCAGCCCAGUUUGUCCCCCAAGGUAAAAUAUGGACAUGGGACGUCCAAUGGCCUGCCGCCCCUCAGCCAACAUAGCAUGCAGGAUGUGACUGGCAGUGUCCAGGAGAGCGAGCAGUAAUGACCUCCGAUGACGCAUGAACUCACUUUCCCCCUCUGGAGUUGGAGUGCCUCGAGUGAGUCUGGGAGCUCUGUCAGCAUGUUUGCUUCACUCCUGUACAGAAGUCAUCAAAGACUCUCUGUCUCUGUCUUCACUGUCCUAGAUUUCCUUUUGAAUUUCCUUCAAAUACCACUAUGGUGCAGGCUAAUCUGGAUUUCAUCUUAUAUAAUCAUAUUGGUUUGAUUGUGUUCAUUUCACAAGACAGUGAUAACAGAGAGGAGAGAAAUGUAUUAAAAUAUGGAUUUUAAGUACUACAGAGACUGUACUUCAUAUUGUAUAUGUAUAGAUUUCUUACUUUUUCCACUGAAAAUUCCUUGAUGGAUAUUUUUGUAAUGCAUACUAUUUUCAUAAGGGACCAAUUCCACAUUAUUCCCCCAGAGAACUGGGAACUCAAAUCCCUUUACACGGUCAUACUCUUGUCCUCAAAAGACAUAAAUGAGUUUACUGGAUAACUGCAGAGUCCAGCUUCACUGUGGGAUCGGAAUCUAUAUGAGCUGUGUAUAUCUGUGCAUACCCUACAGAUUUGCAAAUAGCUGUGUUUUCCCUUUGGUGGGCUAUUUUAACCCUGCCAUUGUUUGAGUGUUAUCUGAAUGAAACACAUUAGCAAACCCACACAAAGCCCACGUCAUUAUCAAGCAGAAAGAGGAAAAAGGGAACAAAGAUAAAACAGAGGUGCUCAUCUGUAACUGUCAUCUUGAAUGUAAAUAAUCUCAUGUGGGAUCAUAUCAGUGUAACUCUGUGGUAUUGUGAUGUGCUGAUACACACACAGAAUUAAAGAGAAAUGCU